AUGGGAGGAAACUCGGAGUACUUUCCAGUUGAGAUGGGGUUGCACCAGGGAUUUGUGUUGAGCCCGUUUGUAUUUUCAGUAAUGGAUAAAUUGACAUGUCAUAUUCAGGGCGAGGUGCCUUGGUGUUUGUUAAUCGCAAAUGACUUUGCUUUGAUUGAGGAGUCUCGCGGUAGAGUUAACGGUAGAUUGGAGGUGUGGAGAUAUACUAGGAGUGAUAGGAAUUUAAAAUGCGGAUAUCCGGAACAAAGUGGGAGUGAUAUAUGUGGUGGACGAGAUGAGGAAGAGAGAUUGAUAUGGUUUGGACAGGAGAAGAAAAAAGGUGUGAAUGCCUCGGUAAGGAGGUGUGAGAGUUUGGAUAUAAAGAGGUUGAGGAAAGCCAAAGGUUGGCCAAAGAAGUAUUAG